UCAAAACAUUUUGCAAGUAUGGGAGAUAACACGUCAAUGAAGAAAGAAAAGGAAAGUUCCAAUUACUGAGUAAAAUAACUAUUAACUAAUGUAAAAUCAUUUUGUCAUAAUCAUUUUAUUCGUCUAUUCUUCUACUUUUGAUAUCAACUUUUUGAUCAGUUCGAAUUUCCUUUGGUAUUUUCAAUUAUGUAUGAUUUUUCUUUUUUGAACUUUCUUCAACUUGUUUGAACAACUAUGUAUAAGUUACGCUUGAACUUCAUCUAUCUGUUGUACAAAUAAAUCUCGAAUAAACUCCACGUUGUAUAGAAAUUUCAGUUUUGAAAGAUUCCUGUUGUUAUACUCUUUUAGUUGAAGAGAAAUGGAUUUCGGAUCCUUGUUGUACAAGGCCCAGAAAAAUGAUCAAGAUAACAAACAGAGUGCAGGAUAUUAUAGAACCACCUUCGCUCCCCCUAAAAAAGAGCGGAGGCAAAAGGAAUUAUCGGCAAACAUUCAGAAAUUUCUCGCUAAAAAAGAGGAGGAAGAAAAACAGAAACGUUUAGAGGCUGAAAGAAAAAAACAGGAACUGUUGGCGCUGAGGAACAAGGACAAAAAAUCAUUCAAAAGGGUCAAAUCGAUGUUAACUAAAACGAAAUCGGCCAAUAAGUCAGUUAUAGAAGAUGCAGUGGACAAUGUCAACACAGCUGUAACAGCAAAUGGUCCUGCACAGCCAGACGAAGAUGAUUAUGGAUAUGUUUCAAAAGAUGCCGAGGAUUUGUACAAUAAAUUGAUAAAUAAGUACAACAAUAUGCCACCAGAGGAGUCUAAAUUCUCAAAAUCUUCUAGUAAAUGCUCAAAAGAUGUACUAUCUACCAAGGACCGAGUGAAAGCUGCCUUGCUACGCGAAGAAGAAGAAAAAUUUCUUCCAAAGAAAAGAAAAAGGAAAUCUAAAAACGGUGAAGCUGAAGAGGAAGAUAAAUCUGACGAUGAAAAGAAAGAUGUUGAAAAAGAAGAGAAAAAAGAAGAUACGAAAAAUCCGAGCAAAUUUAAAAUACCUAAAAGAAAUGUCCAACAACCUCCUCCGAUAGAUUUUCAAUCUUUAUUGAAAUUGGCAGAGAAAAAGCAGCAUGAACCAAUUAUGAUUGAAAAAAAAGUCGAAGAAAAGCCUGAGAGGCCUAUGACUGAGAAAGAAAAGCAAGAAUACCUGCGAGAAAAAGAACGCAGAUUACGUAAAGAGAUGGGCAUUAGUGAAAACUCUCAUAAAACAAAUGAAUUAUCCAAAGCGAAAACAAUGAAAUCGAAAUCUGAAAUGACUGUAAAAAAUCAAAACGUUACUCCUUCAUCAGCUCCUGUCGAUAAACUGAAAAAUGAUAGAACUUCGGAUCUUAAAAGAAGCCAGCCAUCAACUAGUUCAUCUCAAAAACCAAUGAAAACUAGCCCAAGUCCAAAAAAAGUCAGAAUCGAAGAGCCUAAACUUGAGACGUCGAAAGAAGAAAAAUCACCUGCGAAUACUGAGAAACCAGCUCUUGGUGUAUUAUCUGAAAGGCAAAAAAUGUUAUUAGCUCAUAAACGAAAUUCUGAAUUGGAAACUAAAAAAAUGGCGUUACUGGAAGCUCGACGAAAAGAAGCUAAACUGAAUGGAACAAAUCAAUCCAAAGAGCCAUUCAGAGAAAAAUUAUCAAAUACUUCAUCAAAAAUUUCGAGAAGUGAAUCGCCAGUGUCUAAGAUAUCAAAACCUAUGGAGAGUCAUUCUUCAAAAAAUAUUCCUUCAAAGCCAUUGACGUCUAAAAAACCGAUCUCUUCUAAUAUUCCAAGCCGGCAGUUUCCUCCGCCUGAUGUUGUGAGACAAUUUCCGCCUCCUGAUGUAACUAGACGAUUCCCGCCUUCAGAUACCAUGAGGAAUAAACCUAAACCACCCAUGAGACGAAAAGUUAUCGAAUCAGAUGAGGAAUACGAUUCAGAAAUGGAUGAUUUCAUCGACGACUCUGAACAAACUGAUGUUUCUUCAUUCAUAACAGAAAUUUUUGGAUACGAUAGAAGAAAAUAUGCUGGCAGAGGUUAUGAAGACGAUGACGAUGAAUGUAUGGAAUCCAACUUUUCUCAGUUGCAAAAAGAAGAAUACAUUAGUACUAAACAUGGUAUUUUGGAAGAUCUUGCAGAUGUAAGACGAGAAAAAGCUGAAAAAAUGAGAAAAAAAAAGCGCAUAAUGUAUUAAAAAUGUGAUAUGUACUAAUAAGUUUGAUUACCAAUAAUUUUUUAAUGGUUCUACAGUUUUAUCGAUGUAUUAUUAAGAAGUUACGUUAUUUUCUACUGCGAAUUUUUAUGUGGAUAAAUGAUUUGUUUUGUUACGCUUUAUUAUUACUAUGCAACGUAAAAUAUUAGUAAAGUAAUUAUUUUUGUUUGAAACAAAGUGGAAUAAAUAUAAUUUCGUUGAGUCCCUGAACGCACUACUACAA